AUGGCAUCCAGGUCCUUGAAAAAGAUAGUCCCAGAUAGUAGAACUGGUAAGAAGAUAGGAGAAUAUUUGCAUCUUAAGGGGGCAGAGAAAGAACACAAUUCCAAGUUUUCUACAGUAAAUGAUCUAAGAGGUCAGAGGCCAAUAAUCGAGUUCGUGGAAGGCCGGUUUCUGCAGAAGGUGUGCUGUGCCCGGGCCGUCUAUGCGCUGCGGUGGGAGCUACGGUGCAAGGAGAAAUUUCUGUUUGUCCGUGAGCUGAAGCGCUUAUGUUCUAGGAGAUGUGCAUUUUCCUGUGUUUGUACCAGCUGUUUAAAGAAGGAAGAGAAGAGAGCCAAACUUGCAGAGGCUGCAGAGAGAAGACAAAAGGAGGCUGCAUCUCGGGGAAUUUUGGAUGUUCGAUCUGUGGAAGAAAAGAGAAAGAAAAAGGAAAAAAUAGAAAAACAAAUCGCUACAUCAGGACCCCCACCAGCAGGUGGACUUAGAUGGACAGUUUCAUAAAGUAUAACAUGAGUAGAAGAAUCUGCUGCCAGUAACUUUAAUAUCUUCAAUCAAAUGGACUUCCUCAAUUUAAUUUCUUCUCUUUGAAUAAAUGAAGAACCAGACUUUGUGACAUUAACACCCUUAAAUGCAGUGCUAAAACUAUUCCGAAAAUAUUAAAAACUUGAUUUUCAAACUUAGGAAAAGCCAGACCGUUCAUUAAAUACUUCUUUUCCUGCA